CGUCAAGACUCAGGCAUGUAUGUGGUCAUGGGUUGAAAACAUAAAAACCAUUUCCAGAGGAACAAUAAAGCAAUCCCAGAGGGUCGCGACAAGCUGCGCUGCGCAUCCAUUAUUGGAACGUGGGUGGUUCACACAACUUCCCGCGAACCUUCAUCCUCAUCUUCAUCUUCCAGUCGCCGGUAUUUCCAGGAACAAGACUCCAUCUUUCUGCCGCUACUUCCUUUCGUCUCCUCGCUUUUUUGCUCCCUUUCUUCUUCUGGGUAUUUGCUCAUUCAUCGAUCGAUUUGAUCCAAAUCCCCCCCCCCCCCUUUUAUUGUCUCGCGUCCCCAGAUUCUCAUCGUUUCCGUCUAACUUUGGAUGCUCGUAAUCCUUUUCAGUGAAAUCUGAGAAAUUCUUCUCGAACCCCAUGACGAGCCAGUAAUGGAAGAGGAAGAAAACCUGAUUGCCGCCCUGCAACACAUCGCCAAUUCGUUGGGGGCGAAGAGGAAUUUGACAGAAGAUGCCAGGAAGAAAUUAGCAGAUCUGGGCAUUCAGUUGGCCUCCAUAACUAGAGCCAACACAGAGGACAACUGUGUUGGUCAUCAGGAGGAUGGGGUUAGUGAGUAUGAAGAGCAGCUGAACGCUUUGCAGGCCAAGAUCAUGAGCUGGGAUGGAAAUCCUUCCCUGUUAUGGGACUUUGGGGCCGAAGAGGCCUACGGGUAUCUGAGAUCCGUGGACGAAGCUCGAAAGCUAGCUGAAAAGCUGGAGAGUUUAUGCCCGGAGAAGGACGGUAGGGAGGCUGAUCUUCUUAGGAGGGUUCAUGAUGUUCUUCAGACUGCAAUGACUAGGCUGGAAGAUGAGUUUAUGCAUUUGCUGGUCAACAACAGGCUUCCCUUUGAGCCGGAACACAUGUCUUUCCGUUCCACCGAAGAGGACACGGUGGACGGGAGCUCCAUCAUCUCCUUCGGGGAGGAGUCCGUUGACGAUGGGGCUCACAGGGAUAGCAUGAGCCGUAGCUCGGAGGAUUACGUCGUCGAGCUCGUCCACCCGGAUGUGAUCCCAGACCUGAAAUGCAUUGCCAAUCUGAUGUUCGAUUCGAAUUACGGGCGUGAAUGCAGCCAGGCGUUCAUCAAUGUGAGGAAAGACGCGCUGGACGAUUGCCUCUUCACCCUAGAAGUUGAGCAGCUGAGCAUUGAGGACGUGCAGAGGAUGGAAUGGAGCUCGUUGAACUCCAAGAUGAGGAGGUGGGUCCGGGCGUUCAAGAUCUUCGUGCGAAUCUACCUCGCCAGCGAGAAAUGGCUCGCCGAUCAGAUAUUCAGCGAGACCGGCUCCGCAGGCUCCGUCUGCUUCGCAGAGUCGUCGAAAACCUCGCUCCUGCAGCUCCUGAAUUUUGGCGAGGCGGUGUCUAUCGGCCCAAAAAAGCCCGAAAGGCUUAUUCGGGUCCUGGACAUGUACGAGGUGCUAACAGACCUCAUACCCGAGAUCGAUUCCUUGUACUUCGACGAUGCUGGGUUGUGCUUGAGGACCGAGUGUCGCCACGUCCUCGCGAGUUUGGGUACUUGCGCGAAAUCCACAUUUCUUGAAUUCGAAAAUGCCGUUGCGUCCAACGCGUCCGCGAAUGCCUUCCCCGGCGGCGGGGUCCAUCCCAUCACAAAGUAUGUGAUGAACUACAUGAGGGCCCUCAUGGAUUACAGUAGGAUCCUUAGCGGGCUUCUCAAGGACGAAGAACGGGAGGAUCCAGUAACGUAUUCGCCCGACACGAGCCCGUCGAGCGAAGAUGAUGUCAUCCGUGGAAGCCCGUAUAGUUCCUCAAUGGCUUCCCACUUCCAGUCCUUCAUUUCAACUCUGGAAUCAAACUUGGAGUCCAGGUCAAAGAUGUACAAAGAUGAAGCUCUGAAACACCUCUUCUUGAUGAACAAUCUCCAUUACAUUGCGGAGAAGGUGAAGAAGAGCUCAGAGCUAAGAACAGUUCUAGGGGACAACUGGAUUCGGAAGUGCAACGGGAAGUUCCAGAAGCACGCGAGGAGCUACGAGAGAGCGACUUGGAGCUCCAUACUGUAUCUGAUCCGGGACGAAGGGAUUCUGGAUCCCGGGUCCAAUUCCGUCUCCAGAACUCUCCUCAAAGAACGUCUGCACAGCUUCUACCUGGCGUUUGAAGAGGUUUACAAGAACCAGACCGGGUGGUCCGUACCGGACCGGCAACUCCGCGACGACCUCAUCAUCACCACGUCGCUGAUGGUGAUCCAGGGGUACCGGACGUUCGUGGGGCGGCACGCGUCAAAUAUAAGUGACAAGCAUAUCAAGUACAGUGCUGAUGACCUUGAAAACUACUUGCAGGAUCUGUUUGAAAAAACUCCCAAAUCAUUGCAUGGCUCUCACAGGAAGUGAUGGAGAAGAAGAUGGAACAGAUACAUACAGAGAAAUGGCAGUAAAAGAAUUUUUCUUAACCAUUUUAUUGCCAUUUUUUUAUGUGAUCAUAUAGUGUUACAUUUGGUGUGGUAAUUUCUUACCCAGUUUAAUGUUGUUUUUAUCUGUAGCCAAGUUUUUGCAUCAUUUGGUGUGAUUGUUUGUUUGUAUGUACAACUAUUUGUUAAGCCAUUUUUACUAGUGUAAGAUUCUUGGGUGUCAACAAAUGGAUGUCCUGAAU